ACAUCUUUUUUUAACAAAUAUUACUCGGUCUAAUGAUUUUUUGUAAAAUAGUGAAAAAUGAAUAUCUGAAACGAAAUAAUUGCGAAAUUGUCAGUUUCUAUUUCCAGCAGGUGUUAAAUUUUUCUCCAAGUUUUAUGUGUAUCUCAUAAUUUGCUACUAUGAAUGACGUGAAUGAUGUUAUGACAAGCAUAUACGAUACUUUGUUACAUUUACGAUAUCCGCACAUUACAAAUACGGAGUCGAAAGAUUUGGAGGCAACGAUUCUCAGUGGUGAAAAUCGGAUUUGUUUACUUUCCUGGCUUCUGACAGAGAAAUUACCAUCAAUUGUCGCUCAUUUGGGAAAGCUGAAGAAUUCUGCUUUGGAAGAUCAGGUGUUUGAAUAUUACUCUCGGAUUGGAAUCUGCAACAACAAGGAUGUAUUGCUGGGUAAAUGUUCCUUAAAGGAACAACUGCCAACUUUAAAAUUAUUGCUAGACUUUAUGAGAAAGGUAUAUGUAAAACCUAUUACAAGUACAAAUGAAACAGAAGGAGCACUUGCAGAUAUUUUUAAGUUGUGCACUAAUGAUACUGAUCAGGCAUCUUCUCUUUCUGCCAUUAAACCAAAAAUAAUUUAUGCAGAAGCUAUUAAAUAUUUUGAAAAGAGCGAGAGAGAAAUAUUAAAUAAUGAUCGCGAAGAAAUUAAAAUUAAUAUGCCUAAAGACUUAUGCGUAGAGAUUGAUGAUAGACUGGAUAACGAAGAACAGACUGCACUGUUUGACAAAGAAAAAGAAAGAUUUAUAGAAACAUUUCAUACAGUUUCAUCUUGGCCAGUGAAAGUCAGAAAUUUAGACAAAGAUAUUUCUGAUUCUAUUAGUUCAAACAUUAAAAGUAUAUGCUCUGAUUUUUCCUCUUUGAAAAAGGUAUUACAAGCAAGAGAAGAGUUAUCUAAUGUAAAAUUAGCAAAGGAAUUACCGAAGACUGUCGCACCUUUAAACGCAAUCAUAGAAGAUAUAGUCAUUUGUAAUGAGGAACUCACAAAUCUAAUAAAUGAAUGAUUUUAUAUGUAUAAUUGUGUAUGUAGGUCCAUAAUUGUUUAGUGUAAUUUAUAACAUUCUAAAUAUUGAUAUACAAAAGAAUAAAAUUGUCUAUUUAUAUAAAUAAAUCCU